GGUGCCGCCAUGGUGACGUCACGCCCACCCGGGGUGCUUCUUACAGUUGCUGUCGUGUUGCUGCGGCUGUUCGUCGGGGUUAUCGCUCAAGCUGAGGACGAGCCAAUCACAAACGGCCUCACAGCAGUUGACAUCAUCAGGCUCGGCGAUGAAGAUGACGACAUGAUAGUUGGUGUUGCUGGCAAUGAUUACCCAACGUACGCUGAAGUUCCGGACACUUCUUUUAGGUGUGAAGACCAGCAGUCCCCAGGUUACUUUGCUGACCAGGAAGCUGAGUGCCAGGUCUUCCACAUUUGCGUCGCUCAAGGUCGUCGGAUUCAGAAGUUCUCUUUCCUGUGUCCCAACGGCACCAUCUUCGAUCAACAGUACCUUGUGUGUGUGUGGUGGUAUAGCUUUGACUGUGCUCAAGCCUCCCAGUUCUACAGUGUUAACGAUGGUGUCUUCAGUGAUACGGGAUCUCCAGCAUCACCUGGUGGAGGCAACGUUGGUAACCCACGACUCUCAGGGGCUACGGGAUCUGUAGGCGGACAACCAGGUUCUCCUAGAGCAGGUGGUUCUGCAGGAUCAGGAAGUGGAUUUCCUAAUCAAGGACUCGGCGGUUCAAAUGGACAACCAGGUUCGUCUGGGGCACUGGAGGUGGAUUCCCCGGUUCGACUGGGGGAGCAGGCACUGGAGGUGGAUUCCCCGGUUCGACUGGGGGAGCAGGCACUGGAGAUGGAUUCCCUGGUUCGACUGGGGGAGCAGGCACUAGAGGUGGACGCCUGGUUCGACUGGGGGAGCAGGCACUAG